CCUCCUUUCUCACUCGUUUCUCUCUCUCUCUCCUUUCUCCCCCGUUUCUCUCUCUUCUUUCUGUUCAGUUUCUUUUUUCCUUCUCACUUCUCUCUCGAUUUAUAGUUGUUGUUGUGUGUAUUCUCUCUUAUUUCUCUCUUGGUUCUCUCUUCUUUAUAGCAAUGUCACAAAAUUCAGGGAUUAUAAAUGAAAAUGUUAUUUGUAAUUGUGGUAAUUCUUGUAAUGUAAGAACUUCGAGAACAGUUAACAACCUAGGUCGUAGAUUUUUUGGUUGUAAGAUGCCAAAAGAUAAGGGUGGAUGUGGCUAUUUUAAAUGGAUUGAUCCAUCUCUAGAGGUUGAGCUUUUGAAGGAGAAGCUUAAAGAGGUUGAAGAAGAGAUGUAUACAUUGAAAUAUAAAAUGAAGGAACUUGGAGGCAAGUUUGAUUCAUUGAAACAAAAAUUGAAGGAAAUUAAGCAAGAGAGGGACUGUGCAAAAGCCAAAUUCAACAGGCUUGUCGUUGUUGUUCUAUGUUUUUUUACUUGCAAAAAUUAUCUUUGGGUAGUCUAAUUGUUUCCUAGUUACUGUUUGUAAUGUUCCUACAAAGAUUUUCUUCCAUGUUUGUAGUAAUGUUUUGGUUAUUAGAUUUUGUGAAUUACUUGGCUU